GAUGACUUUGGAUGAUGUUUAAAAGUAUUUAAGGAAUAUAUUAAAAAAAAUCCCAAACUCAAGUGGGAAAUCUCUAUAAGCUAUAAAUACGUCCAUGAGAACAGGAAAUGGAUGAAUGUCAUACUGUUAGUGCUACUAACACGAACUAAUUAUUUCCUUGUUUUCAUGCAGCAUGACAGCAUCCGCCCAGUCAUCCUACGUCGACGCUCUUCUUCUGACUUGACUAAGCCUAAAUUUGGUACCAUGCCCCUGAUUUCUCUGCAUGGAGACAGCACUAAUCCAAUCAUGCUAUCUGCUAAUCAAACCUUGCACCGCUUACACACUCGAAGGACAUUGUCCAUGUUUUUUCCAAUGAAAAUGCAUCAAGAUUCAGAACAGCAGGAGCCAGCAGACUCAGAGCCUGUCUAUGAAGAGGUGGGCAGCUUUACAGACAUGGAUUUUCUGGAACCCAACCACUCCUUGCUGUCUCCUAUGGAUCAGGCUAAGAAACCAAUUAGUUUUUCAGACCAGGUGAUGUCCAGCAUGCUGCCCUCUUGUCUGCUUCCCAGAGCAUCUGGGACUGACUUAGCAAAACCAUGCUGCUUUGAGAGGACCUUUCAGGUGGAGCCAAAUAAAGAGAAUCUCAGUGACAGAACCCCAGGACACAGAGUGAUUCCAACUGUCUCUAUAGAACAACAGACUAAGCCGCCUCAAGCACAGGUUGCCCUGGAUAAGGAAGAGGGCCAACCUACUGCAGAUCCAACUCUCCAUCGAGAAAUUUCAGCUGAAGUGGAGACUCAGUUCUGCUCUUGCAUGGAGAAUGAUUGUGAUGGGAAUAGGGAACCUGCCAGCCUUACUGAUGACAGUAGCAUGUCCUUUUGGUGGCCUGACCACGCCAAGUAGACAGUAGCUUUUCCAGCCAGAGCUGGUCUGCUUUGAUGUAGCAACUUCAUCCCUUCAAGCCUGAGGUCAGUUCCAUGUGCAUCUCCUUGGCAACCCUGAGCAUGGAGCUGGUAGGAUCUGAAAGAACAAAGAUGGUAAGUACCAAAAAUACUCUAUUUUAUUGGAGUCCCAUUGCAGAUCCAUUCCCAGCAGGAUAAAGUACUACUCUGGAUUUCCUACAAACCUGAAGCUGCUGUCUUACCUGUUUGCUUUAC